AUGGCUGUCAGCACCCCUGAAGUAUGGCAGCAGGAUAACCAUUCCCUGGAAAGUGAGCGGCCGGACCACAGCUCUGCAGAAAGCAAAGUGGUUGGCUCCAAUGAUGGUCCUGUGAAAGUCUACAUCAAAUUGCACCAGAACAGCCCACGGAUUCUUUGCACAACGCCACAGCUCAGGAACAUGGAACUAAUGGACCCCACUUUUACGUGGAAAGGACCACGGGGGGUAAAGCUUUCAGACAAACCUGGCGUAAAGAUAACACUGACGGGCACCCUGAUCAUUGGAAACUUCCGCAAGGAAUUAUCAGGGGUUUACAUAUGCACCAUUUUCUUCUACAACCCUGGCACUAAGUCCUUGCAAUCCUUGAGUCUUAAGUAUUUCUUGUAUGCGUACCGUGAUCCCAAUUACACCUAUGAAUUUCAGGCCCAGUAUCAUGCAGCCGACUGCCACAAUUCGUACAACAGUCUCUUCUUAAAGAGAUUGCACACGGCUUUAAACCAGCUGGUCUUGGACUUAGCCUACACAAUCAGUCUACAUAAAUCAGAAUGCCACACACUGAGGGUGCCUUUGGCGGGCAUACAGUACGAGCUGUUUCUCACGUUUAAAGUGCACUUGGACGUGGAAGCAUUGGACACGAUCUGCGAAAACAACUUAGAGGAGUGCGAUCACAACCUCCGGCUCGAGAAAGUGCGGCACCGGGUGCAGGCCUUCUUCUCCAAGCAAGCGGAGACGUACCACAAGAUCAUUGGCCUGAUGCCGGUCAUCUACUACAUUGACGGUACACUUCAAGUGAUCCGGGUUGACCGCUGCAAGCCUGGCUACGGCAAGGACCGCAGGAAGCACCCAAAAUGCGCAGAGUGCUGCGUGGUGUGUAGCCCAGGGACGUACAGCGGUGGCCACCAAGUGAGUUGCUUGCCCUGUGGCGAUGCUAUCCGCUAUGGAGAAUCAGAUUGUGAAACUGAGUGA